AUGUUGCCAGCUGGUUCAAGUUCCGCAAUCCACUGGAGGCAGAUUGUGAGCGAGAAGCUUCGGGUUGACUACGCAAAGAUUCCGAGGCAGUGGAGACUCGAGACCCAUGUCAUAGAGAAGGCAAGGACAACCAAGCAGAUUGCUGGCAGUUUCAUCGAGCAUCUCCUCGACCCUGAAACACGCAACAUUACCUCCCUCGACGUACAAGAUCUGGUCGCCGCCAUGGCCAACGGCUCGCUCUCCGCGGUGAAAGUCGUUACGGCCUUCUGCAAGCGAGCCUCAUAUGCACACCAGCUCAGCAAUCUUUUGCUGGAGAUCGGUUUCGAUAACGCACUGGCACGCGCAAAGGAGUUGGAUGACUACUUCGAGAGCAAUGGGAAGCUUUUUGGGCCCUUACAUGGUAUACCCGUAACUCUCAAAGAUCAAUUCCACGUCAAAGGACUCGAAACCUCGAUGGCGUUUGUGAGCUGGAUCGGCACUUUUGAAGGGAAGAGAGGCACGGGAAAAGAACGAGUCUUCGAAAGCGAGCUUGUUCGUGAGCUCUGGAGCCUGGGUGCCAUUCCGAUCGGCAAGGCCCCUGAAACAAACAACAAUAUUCUCGGUUACACCAGGAAUCCAUUCAACCAGGGUCUUUCUAGCGGUGGCUCGUCUGGAGGAGAGGGGGUAAUGCAGGCAUUAAAGGGGAGCGUAUUUGGUAUUGGCACUGACAUUGGUGGUUCGGUGUCCAUGCCAGCAGCCUAUCAAGGAUUAUUCAGCAUCAAGCCCUCCUCUGGCCGCUUAUCGUUCAAGGGCGUGGCGAACACGGGCCCAGGACAACAGGUCAUGCCUACGGUGCCAGGUAUCAUGGGCCACUCCAUAGCUACACUCAAGCUGGUCUUCCAGUCGCUGUUAUCCACCGAACCGUGGCUUCAUGAUUCACACGCUCUGCCGAUCCCCUGGAGGCAUGAACGGGAGUAUGAUCCCGACAGCGAACAAGGCUACAAGCCCGCGUUUGGAUUCAUGUCCAACGACGGCGUUGUGACACCCCAUCCCCCAAUAGCCCGCGCGUUGAGAAUUGUUCAUGAAGCUUUAGAUGAAUCGGGUUAUCAGCUUCUUGAUUGGAAACCCCCGUCGAACAAUGAAUCCGAGGAGCUACAUGGUCCAAUCGCACGCGGUGACGGCUGUCCCGACGCAUACGAGGCCAUCAAGAUGUCAGGCGAGCCCAUCGUCCCUGAGAUUGACGACGUGUUUCCGGGCGGCAAGCUGAUGCCGCCUCUCCCCCUGCCGGAAUAUGAGAAAUUCGUGAUACAUAUGAAAGACUUUAGAAACCGUUACCACGACUAUUGGAUGUCAUCUGCCGGGAAAACACACACGGGCCGACCCGUUGAAGCAGUCAUAUCACCGGUUACUCCGUAUGCUGCCGUAAUCCCUGGGAAGUUCAGAUACUCUGCCUACACGAACUCCCUCAACGUCCUUGACUAUGUCAGCAUAGUCAUUCCGGUAACCUUUGCAAACAGGGAUAUCGAUCAGGUCAGCCACGACUAUAAGCCACUAACUAACGAAGAUAGAAUCAACAUGGAGCUUUAUGACGCCGAAGCGCACGACGGAGCCCCAGCCGCGGUUCAAAUAUUUGGGCGGAGAUGGACCGAAGAACGGCUACUAUCCAUGGCACAUCUAGUCGUUGAUGCGCUAGAAAGGUACGCACAAAGGCAUGGCCGGAUGGUAUGA